ACUAUUCCUUUUGCUUCACAUCCAAAUAGAAGGCCUGCUCAGUUCUCAGAAGAGCUCUCGAUUUUCUCCUUCAUAAACCAUUUCCUUUUUGUUACUGAAACAAUGGCAUUCCCAAAGGCAUUUGCUGUUUUGUUUAUUGCAUCCUUUCUGCUCGUCCUUUUCGCUAAUGCCCAAAAGGUUGACUACAGCAAGCCACCAGCACCAGCCCCUCAAGCUCCUCAGCCACUAAAUUGCACAGGAGCAUGUGAAUAUAGGUGCAGCAAGUCGUCCAGGACAAAUUUGUGCAACAGAGCUUGUGGAACCUGCUGCCAUAGAUGCCACUGUGUGCCACCAGGGACCUCUGGAAAUUACGAAGCAUGCCCUUGCUAUUUCAACCUUACUACUCAUAAUAACACUCGCAAAUGUCCUUAAUUAAUGAUCUGUUAACGUUUUAAUUUCUAGUUUGUUGUUCUCCGAAGGGGAGUCCAUUUUCAAAAUGCAAGUGUAACUUUAAGCUUACGCUGUGUCCGAAUAAUUUAAGCAAGCCAGCUGUUCAUUUUGAGAUUCAAUUCAAUACUUCUCUGUGUACGAUUUUUGUGAUGCAAUAAUGGAUAUUUUUUUCAUUGAAUUGUCUA